CCUAUGAGAAAGCAACACUACAACCCAGCACGCAGACUAGUUCUCGAGAGGCGGAGCCCAAUCGGUUCCAUUUGCUGAGGCGCGUUCGUAAUGAAAGGGAGCGCGUGAGCGGGCUAGAGCUUCUUGGUGGAGUGUCUGAAUGUGCUUGACUUCCUCGCGUUAUAUUGUGUGGAGGAGCGCUGCACACGUUGUUAUAGCACACCGAAAUUGUACUUAGAAAUACUAAUCUCCUGUUCGGGGAGAAUACAAAACCAAAUUCAGUAUUCUUUCCCGAAGUCUGUUAUUCACAGCUUUCGAUAAACAUGUCGGCACCGGCGGCAAAAGUGAGUAAAAAGGAGCUGAACUCAAACCAUGACGGAGCGGACGAGACCUCCGGUAAGGAAUGGCGGCCUCCAGUUCACCGCCAUUUUCACUUCCUUUAUUAGUUCUACCGAAAACUACUACUUUAAUGUAAUAUAGUUCACAAAUCGUAAUUUGUCGCCUGUGAGCUUUUCAAUAUGAAUCUGCCCGGUUUUGGGUGCAGUCAGUAUUGUCUGUCGUGAGUGCGUAGUUAGUUCUCUCUAGCUGUUAACGCUACUACGUUAGACCGGUGAUGGAGGCCAUGUUACCUAGCUAGCAACAUUUCCUUAAUAGUUAUUUGUCUAAUCAAUGCAUGUCCUGUCCAGUAUUUUCGUUCGCAAGUCCAGUCGUUGCUACUAUAAAUACAAUUGAAAAACAUUUUUAUUAUAGACGGUGUAUUUUUUUGUAGGUUACUGAGGAGUAAUGUGUUUUCAAUGUUGAAUGAAAUAACCGUGGCCUAGUGUUACUUUGUUGUUGUGCAUAUCCGCCAUGAUGAAGCAAGCCGUAGCUAGCUAGUUUGCAACUGUGAAAUUGGCAACACGGCUAGUUAGCUAACAUCUAGUGAACGACCGUUUUCGAGAAGUAGGCCAUUGGAAGAGUUUUAAAACGGAUUUAACAAUGCAGGGUUAUUUGUCUGUAACUUGGGCAUGGUGUCGAUACAAUGCGCACCUACCUAGCUAUUAGACAGUGUUGGGGAAGGAGGCAGAGUGUGGUGUGCGGACUCUCACAUUUAAACCACGCGGCCAUCCUCAGUGUAGCCAGCAGGAAACGCCGUUUGCAAGCUGCUCUGAAAUAUCUAGGUGCAAAACGGUGGUGCUAACACACACACAUUUCAGUCAUGCAUUCCAAUUUAAGAAUUAGUUGGUUAAGAUUUAUAUAAUAUUUGCGCAAAUGUUUCACCCCUUUUCAGAUUACAAAUCGUUACUGAUUAGCUCAUGCAGCUUUUUGCAAUGGUUUUCCGUCCAUGGUCUUGAGAGCAGCUUGGUGUUCAGGGUCAAUUUCAGAACCAUUAGCGCGUAACUUUGUUUGCUACAGUUAAGUUACGUCUUUGAUUAUUUGUUGGUAGUGCGCAGGAAGUUGGUAGUUACUCUUUAAUUUUGACGUCCAGCUACCGCUGAUGCACUGCACGGAUGGUCGCUACAAUAUUUUCUGACAUUAUUGCAUUUUUCUUCUCCUAGAAAAAGAGCAACAGGAAGCUAUUGAACACAUCGAUGAAGUUCAAAACGAAAUUGACAGGUAAGCCACUCAGGUUAAAAUGUAUAUGUAUCAGAAGAACUAAAGUGUUUAACCGUGUGAUGUGUACUUGAUGUGCAAUCUAUUUUCUCCAGACUGAACGAGCAAGCGAGUGAGGAGAUAUUGAAAGUAGAACAGAAAUACAACAAACUCCGUCAGCCGUUCUUUCAGAAGAGAUCAGAACUGAUCGCCAAAAUCCCCAAUUUCUGGGUCACCACAUUCGUCAACCAUCCACAAGGUGAGCUUCAGCACAUCACUUUGGCCUCUGUCACAGGAUUUUAUCACAGGAACCUAUAAUAUUCAGAUUCUGACUGUUUUCUUGUUUCUCCCUACAGUUUCUGCUCUUCUUGGGGAGGAAGAUGAGGAGGCACUUCACUAUCUGACCAGGGUGGAGGUUACAGAGUUUGAAGAUAUCAAGUCAGGCUACAGAAUAGAUUUUGUAAGCGAUAAUGAUUACCAUCAUAUUGCAUUCACGGGAUAUUGCAUUAAUGUCUGUACUUUAUAGCGUAUAUUAAAAUGUACUCAAUUAAAUUGACUUGUGUUCCAGUAUUACGAUGAAAAUCCAUACUUUGAAAACAAAGUCCUUUCCAAAGAGUUCCAUCUGAAUGAGAGUGGAGACCCAUCCUCAAAGUCAACAGAAAUCAAAUGGAAAUCAGGAAAGGUAUUUCACAUGAGUCUUUUCACAUGCAUGGGAAUACUGCACAUUCUAUUAAUGCAUGGCAUUUGGCAGAAACAAGUGGGGCACUUUUUUAAAAGUCUGCUCAACAUAAUGGUUAGACACUGUACCUGAAUGUUGUACGUGCCUUAGUGAUCAGAGCCUUUUGGUUUUCAUGCCUGGUAGUUGUGGUCAGUAUUUCAUAUGUUUUGCUAUGAAAUAAAACUCAUUGCUUUAAAACAAACAAAAACAAGCUGGUUUGUAAUCCCUGUGACGUUGUCUCUGAAGGACCUGACAAAGCGCUCCAGCCAGACACAGAACAAAGCCGGCAAGAAGAGGCAACAUGAAGAGCCAGAGAGCUUCUUCACCUGGUUCACUGAUCACUCAGAUGCUGGGGCAGAUGAGCUGGGAGAGGUCAUCAAGGAUGACAUCUGGCCAAACCCCCUGCAGUACUACCUGGUGAGUGGUCUCCAAGGCCUAACACCUCCCUGUUAUCAAUGUUCCCUUUACUUUGAAUGGGACUUGUUACAUGUUCUAUGACUUCUAUGCCCAUUGUGCUACUGUAUUAAUUAUUUGGAUGCUUCAUUUUGAGUGUUUGUUUACUACUGUUAGUGUUAAUAUGUAUAUGUUAUAUUCUUUAUUACUUUUAAUGUUUUUAUUUCACUUUGACCUGCGUUGUUUGAGCUCGGAGCUUAAGAUUUUCACUGUACCCUGUAAUUACACCUGCAACCCUGUACAUGUGACUAUUAAACGUCGAUUCUGCUGUCUGUAAAUGUCACCCAGGAGAUUUAAGUCUGCUAUGUAGACAAAUGAUAUACAGUUAAAAGGUUGGUUAAUUUGAUUGGCAGGUUCCUGACAUGGAUGAUGAGGAGGGCGAAGGUGAAGAUGAUGAUGAUGAUGAGGAAGGUCUUGAGGACAUUGAUGAGGAGGGUGAUGAAGAUGAUGGGGAGGAAGAAGAGGAGGAUGACGGAGAUGAUGGCGAGGUAUGCCCUAAAUAAUUAAUUUGCUCUUAUUAAUCAACUCAAUUCACUAUAUUGAAUAGUGAGAUUUGUUUGCACAGUAUUGAUUUCUUUCCUUUUGUUUAGGAUGAUGGAGAAGAUGACUAAACCGGAAAAUUAAAUCAUCUACCUUUGCUAUUCCCCCCCCCCUCCAUUUGGUUAUCCACCCAUAUUUGGGAGCAAGAUUUGUUACUUUUAUUUUGUGCUUAAUCUCCAAAUUCCUGCCUUUUUGAAUUGUCAAACCACAAUAAUUCCCACAUUCAUCUGAAGAAAAAUAAAAAACCUACAAAACAAUAGAAUAAGCAUGCCAUCUUGUAGUUAAAUGAAUGGCAAUUUCUAUAAUUUUUUCUUCCUGUUAAAGGUUGUGCGAUUUAACUGAACAAAAGCCAUGGUGCAGUGACUUUGCACUAGCGGACCCCUCCAGUUUUUAUAAUUUUGUUCAGUUGGGGAGUAGAUCCCUAAAAAAAUGUUUUUCCCCUAUGUGGUUAAAAGUGAACAGAUAGAAAGUACUAGCUCAUUCCUAUCACUUCUUGCAAUGUUUGUGGUCAAUGCUGGGGUAGGGUAGAGGGAUAUCUUAGGGUGUUGGGGAGGGUGGGCAUUAUGACACCAUUACUAUGGGUUUGUUUUUUGAUUUUCAUUGUAUUGUUUUACAGACAUCCGUGAGAUUUGAAAUGACAUUUUUAAUAAACAAAACAAAAACUUAAAAAAAAAAUUGCUUGUAAAUUUGGGCCCCCACUGCUUCAUGGAAAAUGACCUGUUAUCUCAUGGAAUUUGCAUCUAAUCACCAUUUUUAUUUUCUGCUGGGGGGAAAAAAACCAAUCUGUUUUAAACUUAAAGGUGUACAAGUGUCUUUGUUACAAUAAAACGUCAUGUGUACACGAAUGUGUCAUCUAACCAACCAUAGUAGUCAAUUGUAGUUCAAUUAGUGCUCUAGAGCCAGAAACUAGCUAAAUGGAUGUUAAAUGUCUGGCUGUUACCUCUAUAAUUGUGGUAAGCUUGCAGUACUGGACCAGUAUGUUAAGACUGUUACUGACGUAUGUUAAGACUGUUACUGACAGUUUCUUUAUCUCAAAAGUGCAUACUUGGUGUAUUACAAUUCACAGGAAAUACUACAUGCUGUAUUAGUGA